CCCAGCGGACGGAGUUUACUCUGACAAACAGCAGCUGAAGACAGGAGAGGACCUGCUGCAGCCGAAAGGGACACAAGAAUAGUUUUCCAAGGAGGAGUUGACCGAAACCUGUGGAUAAAAUAAAACCAACUAAGGUUUCCAGUGUUAAACUUCACGUACAGGCUCCAGGAAAAGAGAGGAAUUUAAUCAGAACGGGGAAAAAAAAGAUAAUAAUUCUUCUACUGUAAAUGGACAAAGUGAAGAUAUCAUAAAGGACUCCACAGCCUCUCAUUCGGUGUCCUCUGCUGGAUAUUUGCUCACUGUGAAGCACUGUAAAGCCCCACGCAGAGAUGGAUGUGGCGGCUGAUCAGCCCCGCUGGAUGCACCACCACGCCGUGCUAAACGGGCAGCACCCGGACUCACACCACCACGGCCUGGGUCACAACUACAUGGAGCCUCAGGCGCAGCUGCUGCCUCCGGAUGAGGUGGACGUUUUCUUUAAUCACCUGGACUCGCAGGGAAACCCGUAUUACCACAACUCCGCCCGGGCCAGGGUGUCCUACAGCCAAGCGCACGCGCGUCUGACGGGGACUCAGGUCUGCCGGCCUCAAAUCCUCCACAGCCCGGGGAUUUCAUGGCUGGACGGAGGGAAAGCAGCCCUGUCAGGCCUCCACCACCACAACGCCUGGGCCGUCAGCCCCUUCAGCAAGCCAAGCCUGCAUCACCCAGGCUCCGCGUCCCCCGCUGGCCUCUCUGCAGUCUACCCGUGCAGCAGCACCUCAAACACGGUCUCAGCCUCCUCGUUAACGCCGCCGUCCCACUCCAGCCCGUCUCUGUACACAUUCCCGCCCACACCGCCAAAGGACGUAUCACCGGACCCCGGUGCCACGUCUCCCUGCCUCAGCAGGAUGGACGAGAAGGAAUCUAUCAAAUACCAGGUGUCGUUAACGGAUGGGAUGAAGAUGGAGGGCUCCUCUCCUCUGAGGAACGGCCUGGCUCACACCCCUUCCACCCACCACCCCAUACCGACCUAUCCCUACUCUCUCCAGGCGCACGAGUACGGCGGCAGUCUGUUUCACCCCGGCAGCCUGCUGGGAACUCCACCCAGCUUCAUCUCCAAGAACAAGGGGAAGACACGCUCCUGCACCGAGGGCCGUGAGUGUGUGAACUGCGGAGCGACCUCUACCCCUCUAUGGAGACGCGACAGCACGGGACACUAUCUGUGCAACGCCUGCGGCCUGUACCACAAGAUGAACGGCCAGAACAGACCGCUCAUCAAACCCAAACGCAGACUGUCUGCUGCCAGACGAGCAGGCACCUGUUGUGCUAACUGUCAGACGACCACCACCACGCUCUGGAGGCGCAAUGCAAACGGAGACCCUGUGUGCAAUGCCUGCGGCCUCUACUACAAACUGCAUAAUGUGAACCGGCCGCUGACAAUGAAAAAAGAGGGAAUACAGACGCGCAACCGAAAAAUGUCCAACAAAUCCAAAAAGAACAAGCGGUGCAGCGACAGCUACGAGGAGUUUUCAAAAAGCCUGCAUGACAAGAGCUCUCCCUUCAGCGCAGCCUCUCUGGCCGGACACAUGUCAAUGGGCCACCUGCCGCCUUUCAGCCACACAGGACACAUGCUCCCUACGCCCACCCCGCUACACCCGUCCUUUGGGCACCCGCACCACUCUAACAUGGUUACGGCCAUGGGCUGAGAGGGAGAGGAGGGGAGAGAGGUUAACAAAUAAGAACGCUGGAGAACUUUCUCCUGAUUGAGAACAGAUGCAUUAUGGAAGGAAAGGACCAGUUUACUCCUGAUCUAUAGGUACAUAUUUUGUUGGACGAAGACCGAAAGAGAUGUUCUCCUUCUUGUCAGUCAGCCAUACACACGUAAAGCAAAGUUUUACACCACUGAAGUGUGGUUCAGUAUGUGCCCAACAGGUUUAUAAUAAACUGUGAAUACUGUAAAUAUGCGAGUCUGAUGGGGACGUCUCAGACUGAGAAACCCCUUCACAACUUUGAAUAUUAAAUAUGCUGGAUUUUUUUUUUUCUUUUUGCUUAUGGACAACUUUUUCCACAAAGAAACAAGCGAGCAAGAAAGGUUUAUGAUUCUAAAUUUGAUUUGACUGUUUAUUAUAAUUAUUGUUAUUAUUAUAAUUAUUGUUAUUAAGAUAAUUUAUUUUCACUGCCUUGUUUUUCUGUGGCUAUAUCCCUUGAGUCAUAUUACGGAUACUGUUACAACAGUUAUGAUUAUAUAUUUCUAGCUGAAGCGCUUUCUCUGAGCUGGUCAACAUUUAUACUCAUAAGAAAUAAAGAGAUCAAGUUCA